UCCGUUUAUGGGGUUAGGGUUUAGGGUUUUAGUUUCAUGACCCAUCCGGUUUUUAUAUGUAUGAGUGGGUCCAAACUUCAAACCCGACUGGACUUAUUCGGGCCUGCGGUAAUUUUCAACAGGGCAUGGUUUACGUUGGAGAGGCUGCUCCAUUGUCUCCGCUUCUGUAGCGAAAUGGCUGCGGGGAACUGCAAGUACUCUUGCGGGACGGCAGCUGAAACCCUAGAAUGGAUAAACGCCAUAAUUGAUUUCAUCAGACCGUACACCUUCUUAAUCAACGCUCACGUUGUCAAUUUCUUCACUGAUAGACUCUGGGAGUCUCUCAAUCCUGAGUGGAUCAAUUGCCUCCGAAACGAGCCCGUCCAAAAUCUCCUCUUGAUUCCCUCUGGAGUCGUCCAGGAUCAUUGGCCAGCUUCGCUUAGAGAAUUCGUUCUUACGUUGAGGACUCUGGUGUUUCCUCGAGAGCAGGCAGACUUGGGGACUGUGCUACCAGGCCUUAAGGUGACAUCUCUUAACAAUGUUCUUGCUCAGGGAAUGAAUAUGAAAAAGAAGCACGAAGUGGAAGUUCUUUCUGCCAUUGUUAAUUCAAUUGCUAAUGGUGUGAGAGCUCAUACAAUAGUUGAUGUUGGUGCUGGCCAGGGUUAUCUUGCACAAGUUCUUUCAUUCCACUACCAACAGUCUGUAGUUGCAAUCGACGCUUGUUCUCAUCAUGGGAAGGUUACAGAUGCACGUGCUGAGCGAAUCAAGAAGCAUUAUGCAGCUCAGAUGCGCAAAUUUGAUUCAGGGAAUCGGAGUUGUCAGGUGCCCAAGACAAUAACAUGCCAUGUCUUGUCAGUUGACACCUUGAAAGCCUUGACUGACAUGGCACUACAUGAAGACAGUGUUGGGCAGUCUAACCUCAGUGGGCAAGAUUAUGUCGACCUUGAUGGAAGAAAACUCUUGUCUUCAUCUGAGGCAGAAAAUGAACCUUCCCUUGUUCUAGCUGGGCUUCAUGCUUGCGGUGAUCUUUCGGUAAUGAUGCUCAGGGCCUUUUUGGGGUGUGAAGAAAUUAAAGCAGUUAUUAGUAUUGGAUGCUGUUAUAACUUAUUAUCUGAAGAAGGUUUUGAUCAACCUGGUUCGUAUUGUGGUUUCCCAAUGAGCUGUGGUGUUAAGUCUUCUGGGAUAUCACUUGGGAAAAGUUCUCGUGAUCUUGCUUGCCAGAGUGCAGAACGAUGGAGAAGUCUAGAAAAAGAAGAUGGCCUUCAUAAUUUUGAAUUGCAUGCUUUCCGUGCUGCCUUCCAGUUGGUUCUUUGUAAAUAUUUUCCAGAAGUCGUAAUAAGAAGUCCUUCAAUUGGGCGUCAAGGGAAGGCUUUGCGUCGUAAACAGAAAAGGAGGAUACUGGAGUCUUCAACUCUGCGGGAAGUUAGCAAACCUCCCAUUGCCAAUCAUAAUUCCUAUUGUGCGAAAGGAAUCUGCCCUACCAUGGCAAUUGCAGAAUGUGACCCUUCAUCUUUACCUCAAAAUGGCUCCUACAUGGAAGGAAUCUGUCUUGCUAUGGAGGCUCCAGAACAUAAAUCAGAUGGAAAUUUAAUUUUGGAGAGUGAUGUCUCUCAUGGAAUGCCUUUUGAGGAAAGCUUCUGUGAGGGGGUCGACACUGUUGAAAAAUGCUAUCUUUUUGCAAAAUUCAGCCAGUCUGCACUAGGCCGGCUUGGUCUCAGUCCGUUGCAUGACAUAACCUUUCAUGAAACGUGGAAGGAAAUGGAGUCUUUCGCUGAUCUUGUAGGACCUUACUGGUCAAUUCGUGCGGCACUGGGGCCUGUGCUGGAAACAUUUCUUCAGCUUGAUAGAUUAUUGUUCCUUCAGGAACAAGGCAACUUGGUGGAAGCAGUCAUGUUACCCAUAUUUGAUCCAGCACUAUCCCCAAGAAAUAUGGCCAUAAUUGCAAAAAGAAUAUGAAAAUGUGUGAAAUGCUGACACCAAACUGUUUGGAUCAAAGGUUUUUACAACGAUGCUGAUAUACUUGCAAAUCUGCCGUCUAGGUAUCUGCUUGCCAAAUCUUCAGUCAAUUUAUUUUUGGUUCUUGUGACAGAUGAACCUCUUCUGCUUAUUGGCCUUUGCACUGACUAUUUAGCAUAGAAUGGUCAUCCAUCAAGAGGGUGUUCUUGGUUGAAUGAGCUUUGUAUUAUUCUGACACUUCACUGUCGACAUCCAACAGUUUUUUCAGAAAAUUAUACCCUGAAAGUUUCCAUUAAUGGAUGGAUACAUCAUUCAGAUGCAUCCAAGUAGAGAGUUUCAAAGCACAGAAAACACGUCUCUACUUUCUUCUGUUCAAAUGUGCCCUGUUUUGCCUUCACUCACUUGGUUUGUGGAAAGUUCAUUGUCUGUGUCAAGGAUAAAUAUCCUAUAAGUUUUAAGGUAUUUGACAGAAUUAUCUGUGCUUCAUUGAGAGCUUUCUUUUUCUGCGGUGUAAAUAUCACUAUCAAAAUGAUCUUAUUUUUUACUGAGAUUCGAAUU